CUGUCGACCUAUGACCUUUGCGGUGGCGGGAACUGAUUUUGGAUUUCCUGCUUUUAUUUCUUUCCCCAGAAAAGUACAAUGGACAACUGCCAGUCAGUGGAGGACAGCCAGACCAAGGAAGACAGUGAGACAGUGGACGACAGUGAGAGUGGGAUAAACCAUAAUGAGUAUGACGAAAGUGAUGAAUAUCCAGCAUGGUUCCUGCAGCGGUUACAUGAGUUCAGGUCAGAAGGUCACCUGGUGGACGUGACUCUGUGUGCUGAAGGGAAGGAGAUCCCCUGCCACCGCCUGGUCCUGUCUGCCUUUGCUGAGUACUUCCAGUCCAUGUUUAGUGGUGCACACAGUGAGAGUAAGAAGGACAAGAUAGAGAUAGGAGGGGUGAGUGCAGAGGCACUACAACUGCUGGUGGACAUCGCCUAUACUUCUAAAUUUACCGUCACCAUUGAUAAUGUCCAGUCACUGUAUGAAGCAGCUAACAUGAUGCAGGUUGAAAAUGUUGAAGCCAGUUGUGAAGAUUUUCUGAUAGGACGCUUGAGGCCGGACACAUGUUUGGCAACUUGGGUAUUGGCAGAUAAAGUAUCAAAUACAUAUUUGUCUGCCAUGGCAAGAAGCUUUGCUUUGAAAUUCUUUGAAGAAGUGUGGACAGCUGACGAUUUCCUUGAGUUGCCUGUGGAGUUCCUGAAGAUGUACAUCUCAGACGAUGAGCUUCAUGUGAAGAAAGAGGAAGAGGUGAUAGAGGCAGUCAUGCUUUGGGUAAGACACGAUUGUGAGGAACGGCAAUCGCAUCUCAAGAGCCUGUUGGAGUGUGUUCGCCUCUCACAUGUGGACCAAGACUAUCUCAAGAACAUCAUGGAUACAGACAAGGAGUUUGCAGAAAUUCCUGGAAUCAAGGAGCUUAUAAAGAAUCAAUCAGUGCAAGCAAGGUCCUGUCAAAUUUUUCGAGGAGAAAUUCUCCUUCUUGGUGGCAUCACAGAUGGAGAGGACAGACUGAGGAUGGAUAGAACGAAACCAAACUGUGAUAUAUAUAGACUUGAUGCCGACUGCAACUGUGUACUUGAUACGCCUUUACCACGGUCCCUUCAUGACAGCAGAGGAAUUGCCGCAUGUGUUGUUAACAAUGACGUUAUUGUGACAGGUGGAAAUAAGUCUUUGUCUCAGGCAUGGAGGUACAGACCAUCUGAUAAUUCUUGGACUAAACUAGGAUCCCUGAGGAAGAGAAGACACUGGCAUGGGAUGGCAGUGUUGCAAGAGAAGGUGUAUGUUGUUGGUGGUGUCAAAGAUGAGAUCAGAAUCAGUGACCCGGAGAUGAUGAUUCGUGUUCCCCAUCGGGUAUUCAGAAAGGAGACAGAGGUGUACAAUGAGUUGACAGACAGUUGGCACAUGGUUGCGCCUCUUCAACAGGCAGUCAGUAGUUUUGGCAUAACCACCUGUUCUAAGAAAAUCUAUGUAUUUGGUGGUCACACUUUACUCAAUGGAACUUCUGUUGUCCAGUGCUACGACCAUACUCAGAAUGUGUGGGCUUUUGUAACACCUUCACCAUACACGCUGCAGGACAUAAAGGCUUGCACAGUUAACACUAAAAUCUAUUUGGUUGGUGGCAAUUUGGACCAAGUUCUGUGCUAUGAUCCUCGUGAAGACCUCUAUGAGGAAAUGGCUAAACCCAUAGUUGUAUGGGAAUCUGCCAGUGCUACAGUCUGUGGGUCUGAGAUCUUCAUUACUGGUGGCAAUGAUGAUGAAUAUUUAUAUCAACUUAAUCAUGGUUCAUGUAUGGUUCAGUGUUAUAAUGUCAACAAUGAUACAAUGAUCAGGGUUCCAGAUUUACCAAUUUCAUUGUGGGGACACAUCAGUGUGACUGUACCAAAACUAAGCUGGUAAACUUACCUGAAAAUUGUCCUUGUUACAGAUGACAGUAUUUGUUUCCCUUAUGGUAAUUUUAUCUUCACUGUAUAAAAUUGCAGCAUGUUAGAUUAGAUUAACAGAAUGUUAGAUUAAAUGUUUUUCUACUAUUGCACUCAUUAUUAUUGCCGAUAGAAGUUGGUAAUGUUCAAUUUAGAAAUUUAUUUUCUUUGCCAGACAGCGUGGUAGUGCAUCCAACUUUAUGUAGCACCGCGGUAUGUCAGUUAUCUAAAGAAGUUUAACCUGUACAUACUAGUAAACUUUAUUCUUUGUAGUCUUAGUUAUAUAUAUCACAUCCUUACACAAAAUAUACUUAGAAUCACAAAGAACUGUAUUUUAUUCACCUUGAACUGUACUUAGCUUGGUAGAGACCAUAAACAUAAAGAGACCAUACAAUA